AUGAAACCGAGACUGGAUGAAGACAGGAGGCGUUUCUCAAUGUCAAGGAUCCUUCCUUGGCAGGACGUGUCCUUCCAAGUCACUUCCUUCGGAGGCUAGGUGAGUCUCCUCUGUAGCAUUCGGAGAACACAUAAAUGGAACAGACUACCAAGUGCACGUCAUUGAGUCAUUACGUCAGUGAAAAGGUCCGCUUUCGGCGCUGGAAAAAUGGAAACGUUUGUUCUUUGGUUGCUGUACAGCAUUUUUUCCGAAAUGGAAAUUGAAUUGGUGAGGCAGCAUCGGCAUCAGGAUCGAAGGAGGAGAUUUUUAAUGUAUCGCCACCUCUGCCGUCAAAGACGUGGGAUGGAUCAACACUACUGUGCCAUCAGUGCCACAGUGCCAGUACUGCAGCGGUAAUGUGGAGGGGAGGACCCUCAGCCAGACUUCAGGCUGGGCAGAGAGGCCAUGCAGCAGCUGAUGGUGGCCCUGAAAACCGACCCUGGAGACACUCCUGUUCCUGUUCUGGCUGGCAACCCGUUCAGCCUACAGAGUUGUCUCCAGGGUCUUCAGCAUGCCUCUUCCCACAGUGCACAGGGUUGUACACAAGAUGAUGGAUGAGGUGGUGGCUGUGCUCCCCCAAUUUGUGCACUUCCCUCGCACACAGGAGGAGCUCCAAGUGGUUGGGGAUGGUUUUGCUUGCUUGGCUAAUCACCAUGCAUUUGGCAAGGCAGCAGGGGCAGUAGACGGCUGCCACAUUAGGAUAAAAUUUCCCGGCGACCCUGAUGGUCACAAUUACAAUAACCGAAAGCUCUUCCCUUCAGUGGUGCUCCAGGCAGCCUGUGACCAUCACGGUCGCUUUAUUGACAUCUUUGUGGGUUACCCAGGAAGUGUGCAUGAUGCACGCAUCCUUAAGAACAGCCCCAUCUUCACUAGGGGGACUUACCCUCCGACUGGGUAUUUUCUCCUAGCUGACGGUGGCUACCCAUGUCUACAGGAAGCCCUGGCCCUUAUCACACCAUAUAAGAGGCCAGUGAGAGGCAUGGCAGAGCAAAGGUUCAAUCAUUCAAAGGUUCACCAUCAUUCCAAAGGUCGCACAAUCAUUGAGCGUGGAGCGUACAUUUGUGUUGGUGUCGGGGAUGUGCUUGAAGAGGUCGUGGAGGAGGAGGACAACCAGCCAACUGGGGAGCUUGAUGGUGGGGAGAGCCGAAGUGGAGCUGCUUGGCGGGCUGCGCUGACCAACGAGGUGUCUGCACUCCACCAGGCACCUCUUGACCAUGACUAUUUUUGCCAGCCUUGAAGUAACAACAGCAGGAGCGGUGGUGCUGUAGGCAGUGUGGCUGAUGGGCACUUGUGUUCUUGUCUUGUUGUAUAUAGUUGUAAAUGUUUAGAUUGUUGUAUAUAGUUGUAGA